AUGGUCUUCGGGUCUCCAGGUGAAGCCUACACACAUCUCUCGUCAGAAGGAGGGAAUAUCCUCCUGAAAAGAACAGCGGUCUCACCCGACGGAGUCGCCGGGCAGGAUGAGGACCUCGAACAUCCACAAUCCACCUUCCGCAUCCAGACCCGACGCGUCGUCAGCAUCGUCCCUUCGAUAGCGAAGCGACCCUUUGAAAUGGCAUCUAUUUUUGAGGAUAACUGGCACAGGGGCCAGCGGGGACCCGGACACGGCCCAGGGACAGCGAUCGUCAGCAGCGCAUCGGUCAGUAAUGAUCCGUUGCCGGAGAUAAGCCUAAUCAGGCAGGUGAAGCCGGCUCCGUCGGCGGCCUGCAUACAGCUCAUGUCGACCGGUAACCUUGGAAGGCACGCCGGUGGAAACCCUCCGGAUGAGGAUUCUUCCAUUUUGAUUCAGCCGAACUGGGAGUGCCCGCUGCAUCAACACUUUGACUUCCGAGCCGUUUCCGAGCCGCAUCGUGGUAUGAUGCUAUGGCCUGAUCAUGAUGAGCUCAGGGUGACUAUACGCUGGGACAAUGUGUUCAAGCAGUGGGGACUCGUGGACCCAUUCAGCAGAAUCCAUGAGGCACGUUCAGCUGCUAUCGUGGACUACGCAGUACCGGGUAAAUCUUCGGCCCCGCCACAGACUAUAAACGAGGAAGUGAUCCCUUUUGUUUUCGAUGGCGCCUCUCAGGGUCUCUCCUUCUCUUCUUUGAUCGGUACUGUACGACAAGCUGGGCACAUUGACUGGCCAACAUCUUUCAGGGAUGCGCGGACCGUGCAGUGCGUCCAAGAGACCGAGCGAGGAGGUCGCCUACUAGGUCAUGGAGGACCAGAGGAAGGACCAGUGGGUUCUAUGUGCAUCGCAAUUAUGCAUGACACAAUAGUAUCAGGAUUUCGCACUGAACUGGGGAAGAUGGGUAUCCUGUGCGUGAUGUCGGAACGUCAUGCGAGAUUGAUAACCCGGACACGACAAGGUGAUAGUGGACAUGAUGAAAUGAUAUGGGUGAUUUACCUGAUAGCAGAAACUGAUUACUCGAGGAGAAGUCGCAGCUUGAAGCUAUGGCCAUUAGAUUUCGUUCUUCUGUAG